AUGGGGGAUAAGCUCACCACACAUGCCCAGAGCAGUGGCUCUGCAUGGCCACUGGUCACCAUGCCCUUCUUUGAUAUCCACGGCGAUGAUACUCGAGUCAUCGCGCACGUGACCUACUUUUCCGUUUGCCCAAUCGUCAUGGAACCAGAGAAGAGCGCUUGGGAAGAAUACGCGCUCAAUAACCAAUGGUGGCUUGUCGGAAACCAGACGCAUGCCCACACGGAACAAGAAAUGCAAAACCUAUCGGCUGCCGUAGCAGCUGAGAACAGUAUCCCCGAGUACAUCUACAGGGUCGAGGACCGCAAGCCCACUGCGACAAAUGUGGGACCGGGCCCUUACACUCCCCGGUGGCAAAUGUCACCCACGCCGAAUGAUCCCGUUCCAGUCAACUUUGAUGUAGUUUCUUCCAAGGGCUCCAUGGAGUUCUUUGAGUUCAUGAUUGCCAACGAGAAACCCGUCCUUUCCGGCGUUAUCACGGAGGAUUUCACCAACACCGCAAUGCUGCAUCGGGAAGCGGACAUUAUUGACAUGGCACCCAAAAGUUUCAUGUUCUACCCCAUUUUCGAAUCAUUCGGCCAAGAUGCGGCCGUGGUGGGCAUGUUUGAAAUCUAUCUAGACUGGCAGCUCUUCUUGGCGGAUCUCCUCCCAGAAGGGGAUACGGGGCUCUUCUAUGUCCUGAACUGUUCCUGCUCGGGGAUGUUCACGUACGAGCUCAACGGUGGCAAAGUGCACUAUGUUGGGAAGGGGAACCUUCACGAUAUCUUCUACACGCAUUUGGGACAAGAAGUUCAGCGAAAUGAGGGGGUCGUUCAGCUCCAGCAUGCCAGAAGUCUUACUGUGAUCAUUGCAGUGGUGUUCUUUGUGAUGGCUUUUGUCUUUUUUUCCUAUGACAAGUACGUCCAAAAACGCCAGGAAAAGGUGUUUAGGCAGGCUGUGAAAACAAACCGCAUCGUGUCGAGCUUCUUCCCAAGGAGUAUCCGUGAAAGGCUCUUCAACCAAGAUGGUGGCGAAGGGGACGAAAACAGCAGCAGGCGCCGUCGAUCUUCUACAUGGGCUGGAAGCUUGCGUCUCAAGUCUUAUUUGAACGAUGGCGACGAUGGAACGAGUGUCGCGGCGGAGGAUGAUAAACCGAUCGCCGAUCUCUUCCCAAACUGCACGGUUCUGUUUGCUGACAUUGUGGGUUUUACUGCUUGGAGUUCCAUGCGGGAGCCAACCCAGGUUUUACUUCUGCUGGAAACCAUCUAUCGGGCUUUUGAUGAGAUUGCCAAGCGACGAAAGGUGUUCAAAGUGGAGACGAUUGGGGAUUGCUAUGUUGCUGUGACGGGAUUGCCAGAACCCCACAAACUCCAUGCUCUGGUCAUGGCCAAAUUUGCCAGGGAAAUCAUGUACAAACUUCAUGAGGUCACAAGAAGUCUUGAAGUUUCAUUGGGCCCAGACACUGGGGACCUUUCCAUGCGAGUUGGACUGCACAGUGGACCUGUCACUGCUGGAGUUCUGCGUGCUGAUCGCUUGAGAUUCCAAUUGUUUGCAUCGUCUAUUGGGGACUCGGGAGAGAAUUUCGCAGAGGAAAGUGGUCAAGGGUUGUCCUACUAUGAUAUUCCGAGGAAUCAAAAGGAGAGUGAUCUGCCGAGGAAAACCCGUCGCCUCGUUGAAUGGAAUGUGGAUAUCCUACACCGAGUUCUACGACAAAUUGCAGCGACCCGAAAGGUCAAGGAUAGACAGGUGAAAAGGACCAAAACAUUGGACAAGAAUGCCACCGAAAAGGCAAAGCCAACGAUGGUGCUGGAAGAGCUUUCUGAGGUCAUCCAGUUGCCACGAUUCUCUUCCAAGGUUGCUCAAGUUGUUGCCAACGCUGAAGAAGAACCAGUUCCUCCCGUCGUUGUGAAUCAGCUCCACAACUUUGUUGCAGAACUCGCCGCCAUGUACCAUGACAACCCUUUCCACAAUUUUGAGCAUGCAUCCCAUGUUACAAUGUCUGUCGUGAAGCUGUUGUCUCGAAUUGUGGCUCCAACUGAUCUGGACGUCGUGGAUGACGAAAACGUCAAUGAGAAGGCAUUCAUGAAAUCUGUUGCUUCCAAGUUGCACGACAACACGUACGGUAUCACCUCGGAUCCACUUACCCAGUUUGCAGUUGUCCUAUCAGCUUUGAUCCAUGAUGUUGACCACUUGGGCGUACCCAACACUCAGCUUGUGACGGAAGAGACGGCCACAGCAAUCCGCUACAAGGGCAAGAGCGUAGCCGAGCAGAACUCUGUGGAUGAGUCUUGGAAUCUGUUGAUGAUGCCAGACUAUUCAGAGUUGAGAAAAGCAAUUGCUGCAACUCAAACUGACUGGGAGCGCUUCCGACAGCUGGUCGUCAAUUCUGUGCUGGCCACUGACAUUGCAGACAAGGAGCAAAAACAGUUUCGAAACGCCCGUUGGGACAAAGCCUUCAAAGACGACUUUCGAGAACAGCAACAAAGAUCAGCUUUGCAUCUUGGCGCUUACUGUCGAGUCGAUGCAUGCCCACGGGAACACAGCCGCCAACGUACCGAUGUCUUGAAGCUACUUGUCUCAUCGAUGGACAGGUAG